CUCGAAGAUCCGGGACUUCCGGUCAAGAAGAAGAGUCGCCCAUGGACCGCAAUGUCUGGUUCGACGCUGAUACUUCGGGUUCGGUUUCCCUUCUCGUCAGUCAAAGGUCCGGCACCUCUCUGCGCAUGCUCCUGGUAGUACAGACAGCGACCAGAGACAAACUAUCUGGAAGCGAAUCACGUGGUUUACCUGCAGGCUAGCGGGCAGGUGAGCACUUCCGGUCAUAUUGGUCGCCAUCAGACAUGUCUGUCCAGCUGGGGUGCUUGUCGUUCCGGGUGCCAUACGCCGGUCUGGUUCUGGACGGGGUAAAGACGGUGGAGAGCCGCUGGCGGCCUCUGCUGGCACCUCUGGAGAACCAGACCCUGGCGAUCCACAUUGCCUGGCGGGACUGGGAGGGGGAAGAGUGGAGGGCAGUGUUGAGUGGUAUGUUGGGGAUGAAUGAGACUCAAAUCCAGGAGCUGCUGGACUCUGGGGAGCGGUUCGGUCGCGGCGUGGUUGCAGGACUGGUUGAUGUGGGCGGGACCUGGCAGUGCCCCGCCUCCUUGCCAGAGGCGGAGCUACGAGAUCUGCAGCGAUCAGCCGUUAUUAUUGGUCUGCAGGAGAAACACCUGACCUACCUGUCUAAUCCCCGCUGGCUAAAGGAGCCUCUGAAAACACGAGGAAGUCGUGACCUUUGGACCAUAGAGAUCCCCGCUGAGCUGUUACCAUGACGUUCAGUUCAGUGCUACCAUGGAUGUAGGUCCUGAGGAGCCUGCUUCAUCUGUUACCAUGGCAAUCUAAGCUUUACCUGUCCUUAUGAUAAUGGAAAUCUGCAGAGGCCAGGUUUCCUGACAGAGCGCCUCCUCCUGACCAACCGGUUCUGUUAGAAAGGGACUCCAUCUGACCGUGUCCAUAAACCUGACUGACUUACUGAGAUCUGGUUAUGGGUAGCUUGGGUGAACCAGGUGAUAACCAGUAGAAUAUAGAUUGCAGAGUGGUGGUCUUGUUCUGACAGGUGGUGGAAACGAUUGCUCUGCAGUCUGGUUUAAAACAUUUUAUAGUUUUGAUGCUAAAUUUCUCACUUCCUGUGUAAAGCUUCAGUUAUCACAUCAUUUCUGUGGAGAUUUUACUUAACAUUUUUCCGGUUUUCUGUCCAGAAGUUUCAGCCUCAUCAACUGAGACUGGAUAUGUUUCAAGCUAAUGUAUAUUUAAUAUUACAUCUUUGGUGUUUCUCCUUUAUAAACAUUGCAUUGUUCUUCUGUUGCUACCAAAUGAUUGUAAUAACCUCAAGUGGGAGCUGAACAUCAGCUUCCUGACCUCUUUUCCAAAAUAUUCCUUUAAUAAUAUUUCUUCAAAUAUUAUUUCAAUAAAUAAAGGCAGCUAAUUAGACACCGUUGAGAAUUAGUCAUCCAGAAGGUUGGUUUUAUUCAGCAGAUCAUUAUU